AUGUCCAUAGCUCAACGUGUUGAAGAGGUCAACAAAAAGCGUCUGUGUAGAAACUGCUUGACGGUGGGUCAUUUCGCUGAAGGCUGUACUAGAGGCUAUUGCAACCGCUGUGCCGCCUGUUCGGACACAAGUAACAAACCAACAACAACAAAACCACAGCCGCUCGAAAUCGCAAAACCAGACACAAACAUCACUCACUCAGCCAGACGCACAAGCACAACCAACAACUUCAUACCCCGUGAUCCAAUCUCUCACCCACAACCCCCCACACAACAAAACACAGUCGCCCUUAAAGCCGUGGAACUCCCACGCUCCAAUUUUGAACCAACAAUUCGUCAAGUGCUGAUGUCAACAGCAAUCGUUCGAGUCAUAGAUCAGCGGGGAAAUACUGCGUUCGCCAGAACACUGCUGGAUUCAUGUUCGGAGUUUUGUUACAUAACCAGCAGCUUUACCAAGAAGUUGAAGUGCCGCGAAACUCCUGAUUUUCUGAAGGUGCAAGGAAUUGGUAACAGCAGCAUAAUGUCGACCAAGUCUGUGGAGGCUAACGUUCAACCAAGAAGCCCGUCUGUAUCGUCGUAUGAAGCAAAAAUGCAGUUCCACGUGUUGCCGAGAAUCUCACCAACACUUCCGCUCAAGCCAGUUCAGGCCGAUCUGCUGAAGUUUCCUGCGCAGCUGUUGUUGGCGGAUCCAAGAUUCUGGGAGCCCGGUCCGAUCGAUAUGAUAAUUGGAGCGGAAUUCUACUUCGACCUACUGUUGCAAGGAAAGCAGAAAGUGUCUGAAGAUGGUCCAACGUUACAAGAGACAGUAUUCGGUUGGGUAGUGUCAGGGAAGGUUCCAAAUCGGUCAAAUAGUAUACCCACAACAACAAGCUACGUCAGCUCAACUAUUGACCUACAGGAAAUGAUCGCAAGGUUUUGGGAACUGGAGACAUGCCAUGUGAAUAGAACUCACUCUGUUGAGGAGACAGCUUGCGAAGAUCUGUUCAACAAAACGACGUUUCGCGAUCAAAAUGGCAAGUUCGUGGUGACUCUCCCCAGGAAAGAACAUGUAAUCGAACGGUUGGGAGAAUCCCGCAAUAUCGCUAUGAAACGGUUCAUCGGACUGGAGAAGCGUUUCAGUAUCAACUCGGCUCUGAAGGCGAUGUACAAAGAAUUCAUUCACGAGUACAUCCUGAUGGGCCACAUGAAGGAGGUAAAUGCGGACCAAAGCUGCACCGAUCCUGUGUAUUAUAUGCCGCAUCAUGCAGUAUUGCGACCCGACAGUACAACUACCAAGCUGCGAGUUGUCUUUGACGCAUCGUGCCGCACUUCGACUGGAGUCUCACUUAAUGAUGCACUGAUGGUGGGACCAGUUGUCCAGGACGAUCUGAUGAGCACUAUUCUACGAUUCCGUCGUCAUCGCAUCGCAGUCAUUGCUGACGUUGCUAAAAUGUAUAGGAUGGUUCAGGUCCAAGAGGUAGACAAGCAUCUGCAACGCAUCCUUUGGAGAGACACGCCGGAAGAACCGAUCAAAACUUUCGAACUGCAAACCGUCACCUACGGCACCGCCAGUGCACCAUAUCUAGCUACGAGAUGUUUGAAGAAGCUUGGAGAAGACAGUGUAUUGACACAUCCGAUCGCAGCUCGAGUUGUACAGGAGGAUUUUUAUGUCGACGAUAUGUUGUCGGGAGCCGACAGCACUUCCGAAGCAAAAAUGUUGGUGACUGAGGUCAUGCAGCUAACCGACUCGGCUGGAUUCAUUUUAAGGAAGUGGAACUCUAAUUCUACAGCGCUUCUGUCAAACCUUCCAAGGCAUCUAUGCGAUGAACGCUCUGUAUUAGAGUUAGAUUCGUCGACCUCAACUGUGAAGACAUUGGGGCUUCGCUGGGAUACGAGUACAGAUGAAUUCUGCUUCACUUUCCCAGAAUGGAGGUCAAGCUCAACUGCAAUCACUAAGCGCAGCAUUCACUCCGACGCUGCGUGCUUAUUCGACCCGCUAGGAUUAGUAGGUCCGGUGGUGGUGCAAGCAAAGAUAUUUAUUCAAAAGCUGUGGUUGCUGAAAUGUGACUGGGACGAGCCACUGAAUGAAUCGCUACAAAAUUUAUGGAAUGAAUACAAGCAGAAUUUGAUGGCAUUAGAGUCAUUAGUCAUUCCCCGGUGGAUUGGAUUUAGCAAAGAGUGUUUGUCAGUUCAGCUACAUGGUUUUUGUGACGCUUCAGAAGUUGCAUAUGGUGCCUGCUUGUAUCUUCGUUGCAUCUCAUCCGACGGUAUCAUCUCCGUUCGGUUGAUCAUGUCAAAGUCGAGGGUGGCCCCUCUAGAAAAUCUCAAGCGGAAAAAGAAGAAAAUGACAAUCCCGCGGCUGGAGCUGUCCUCGGCUCUCUUGCUGAGUCAUUUAUAUGAGAAGUACAACCAAGUUCACUCUGGGCUUGAUGCGUAUUUCUGGACUGAUUCGAUGAUAGUAAAGCAUUGGUUGGAAUCGUCACCUUCUCGCUGGCAGGUCUUCGUAGCGAAUCGGGUAUCGGAGAUCCAGCACCUUACCAAAGAUGGAGUAUGGGGUCACGUAGCAGGGAUCGAGAAUCCUGCUGACCUGAUAUCUCGUGGAAUGUCACCGGCUCAGCUCCAGUAUCAAACACUCUGGUUUGAAGGUCCGAUUUGGUUAUCUCAAGAACAAGGUUUCUGGCGACGUUCAGAAGAGGUACUCACGGAGAAGUUUGAUUCAUCGUUGUUAGAAGAACGUUCGUCAGUAGCACUUCCGGCACAAGCGCUACCUCCCAGUGAGAUAUUUGCAUUGCGAUCCUCGUUUCCGGACCUAGUAAAGCUCGUAGCAUACCUUCUUCGGUUCAAGCACAACGCGCAGUGCAGCAAUAAACAGUCCAGGAGAAUUGGAUUCCUUUCCCUCCAGGAACAGGAGGACGCUACGUUAAAUUUGGUUCGUGUAUCCCAGCAAGAAAGCUUCUCAGCAGAAUUGCAAGAUCUUGCGAAGCAAGGUCACGUGAGAGAUUCGUCUUCAAUAAUAUCACUCAACCCUCAACUAAUCGACGGCGUGAUGCGCGUCGGCGGCCGGCUUGCUAAGGCAUUCAUGUCACAAGAGCGAAAACACCCGUACAUCCUACACCACAGCCAUCCGCUAGCAACGAUGAUCGUCAGGUACUACCACCAAAGGCUGUUUCAUGCGGGACAGCAAUUACUCAUCUCGUCAGUGCGGGGCAAGUUCUGGCCAGUUAACAUCCACAGUUUGGCGAGGAAGGUGAUUCACGACUGCAUUCCGUGUUUCAGAAACAAACCAAAAAUCGCUGAGCAAAUUAUGGCAGACCUUCCUUCGGCAAGAGUCAACCCCGCGCCACCGUUCCUGAAAGUCGGAGUAGACUACUGCGGUCCUUUCCAGAUUAGUUAUCCAAAUCGACGAGCGCGUCCUGUAAAAUGCUAUGUGGCGAUAUUUGUUUGCCUAGUCGUGAAGGCUGUCCAUUUGGAGUUGGUUUCGGACCUAACAACGCAAGCGUUUCUAGCGGCACUGAAACGUUUCGCUGCUCGGCGCGGCAGGCCUCAACUGAUAAUGUGUGACAAUGCAACAACAUUUGUCGGAGCUAAACGUGAGCUCACAGAGCUGCAUCGACUCUUCCACAGUCAACAAUUCCAGGAAACUAUAGUCAAGGACACGAGCGAUGACGGCAUCGAGUUUCGUUUCAUCCCCCCACGCACACCAAACUUCGGCGGCCUGUGGGAAGCGCAGGUCAAAAGUUUCAAGAGUUAUUUUCGGAAAACAAUAGGAAUCAGAGUGCUAAACGUAGAUGAAAUGACUACUGCAUUGACGCAGAUAGAAGCGGUUUUGAACUCCCGACCACUCACGCCGGUCAGUAGUGACCCCGCCGAUUAUGAAGCAUUGACGCCUGGUCACUUCCUGGUGCAGCGUCCACUAACAGCUAUCCCAGAGCCAGAUUUGCAGGAAGUACCAAGCAACCGCUUGACCAUAUGGCAGAGAGCCCAAUGUUUAACACAGCAGAUUUGGAAGAAGUGGUCUACGCAGUAUCUCUCUGAUCUACACAACCGCACAAAGUGGACCAAACAACGAAAUAAUAUCUCAAUUGGUUCAAUGGUCCUACUUAAAGAAGAAAACGCACCCCCCCUGAAAUGGCAUUUGGAACGUGUAUUCUACGAAACCAAUCGACGAAGAAGUAUUCAGCACUGCACGCAGCAGCAUAUCAACAUCCGAAUCAUCACGAAGCAGCACAAUCAGGCAUCUAGUAGCAGCAUAACCAAUCGAACAAGCGUGGUAUUACGCAUCACCCUCAGGAGGCGGUACAGAAUCGGUAUCAUCGAACAGCAGUACAGUGUUUCGAUCUGA